AUGGCUAACGAGCUCCAUCCAUUACGUGUGUCCAAAUCUUCUCAGAGCUGAAGUGAUGCUGAAUACGUGAUACGGCCAGAUCUGCCAUCAGCCCUACUGAAUACGUGAUACGGCCAGAUCUGCCAUCACCCUACUGUGUGAUUUCUCUGUCAGGAACUAGUCUGUCUGGAUUAAGGAAUAAUGUCCCAGAUUCUAACAAGCAGCACCGUCAGUUACUGGGAGGGUCUGUUCUCUCGGUCUGGCCACAUGUUGAAUCACUACUGUAGUAGUUGCUGUCACAACUCUUGCGUCCUGUUGGAAUGAGAAGAAGAAGAAGGAGGGGGGAAAAAAACACUGAGAAUGACCAGAUUAAACUGUCCUGAUGACUGAGGGCUGGUGACAAUGGUAUGUACGAGUGUGUGUGUGUGGUGUGGUGUGGUUGUGUGGGUGUGUGUGUGUGUGUGUGGGUGUGGUGUGUGGAGUGAGUAUCCGGUGCGUGUUAUUUCAUCAGUUAAAUUCACACUCUACCUCCUCUCUUCUCUCCCUCCCCUUCCCUCGCCUCCCUCGCUCCCUCCCAUCCCUCCCUUCCCUCCCUCCCUCCCUCCCUCACUACCUCCACCCCUUACACCAGGGUCACUAUGAUGCUCUGAGACCCAGCCGGGGCGUUUGAGUUCACACGGGACCCGUUUCAGUGGGGCAGAUAGACUCUUCGGGUACCUUGGGAAAUUUGAGAAGGAAGAAGGAGCUCUGGACCUCUAGAUGAGAAUGUCCCAAUUAAUAGAUGUCUCUGAUGAUGAGGGCUACGUACCAGUUAAUAGAUGUGUCUGGAUCUAGUGUGUGUAUCCAUUUAGUCAGGAUGUGUCUGGCUCUGUGUGUGUGUGUCGGAGUGGGUUAUCAGAUGCCGGUGUGUAUGUCGUCAUUUAAUCAGAUUCCCUCUGCCUCUAUUAGCCUCUCCCAUUUUCGGAUAGUCCUCUGGACCUCAGAUUAAGGCACCUCCCAUUUAUCAGGAUAGCCUCGGACUCCUAGAUGUAGGCUACUCCCUUUAAUCAGGAUAGUCCUCUGGACCUCUAGAGUGGCGUAGUCCCAUUUACGGAUCGUCCCUGGACCUCUAAUGUAGCUACGUCCCAUUUAUCAGGAUUCCUGGACCUUCAGAUUAGGCUCGGUCCCAAUUUAAUCCAGGAUAGUCUCGGGCCUCUAGAUGUAGGCUACGUCUCAAUUAAUCAGGAUAGUCCUCUGGACCUCUAGAUGUAGGCUACGUCCCAAUUCAAUCAGGAUAGUCCUCUGGACCUCUAGAUGUAGGCUACGCCCCAAAUUAAUCAGGAUAGUCCUCUGACCUCUAGAUUAGGCUACGUCCCAAUUUAAUCAGGAUAGUCCUCUGGACCUCUAGAUGUAGGCUACGUCCCAAUUUAAUCAGGAUAGUCCUCUGGACCUCUAGAUGUAGGCUACGCCCCCAAUUUAAUCAGAUAGUCCUCUGGACCUCUAGAUGUAGGCUAGGUCCCAAUUAAUCAGGAUAGUCCUCUGGACCUCUAGAUGUAGGCUACGUCCCAAUUUAAUCAGGAUAGUCCUCUGGACCUCUAGAUGUAGGCUACGUCCCAAUUUAAUCAGGAUAGUCCUCUGGACCUCUAGAUGUAGGCUACGUCCCAAUUUAAUCAGGAUAGUCCUCGGACCUCUAGAUGUAGGCUACGCCCCAAAUUUAAUCGGAUAGUCCUCUGGACCUCUAGAUGUAGGCUACGUCCCAAUUUAAUCAGGAUAGAGUCCUCUGGACCUCAUAGAGUAGGCUCCGUCCCAAUUUAAUCAGGAUAGUCCUCUGGACCUCUAGAUGUAGGCUACGUCCCAAUUGUAAUCAGGAUAGUCCUCUGGACACUCUAGAUGUAGGCUACGUCCCAAUUUAAUCAGGAUAGUCCUCUGGACCUCUAGAUGUAGGCUACGUCCCAAUUUAAUCAGGAUAGACCAUUUUUUACCCUUCUACCAAGGUAUCCAAUGUCAUGGAUUUCAAAGCAAGUGCACACGAACUGUAGAUACACAGAUGGCCAAUAGCACCACCUGGUGGUGGAGAGCGAAAGAGCACCUGGUGUCAUACAGUAAUAUAUUGACUUUACGUGUGGUCAUGUGCAUCAGUUUCCUUAUUGCCUCCAAUUCUCAAAUUACGUUCAGUAACUUUACUGUGUCACUGCUGUCUGAUGGGUUUACUGUGUCACUGCUGUCUGAUGAGUUUACUGUGUCACUGCUGUCUGAUGAGUUUACUGUGUCACUGCUGUCUGAUGAGUUUACUGUGUCACUGCUGUCUGAUGGUUUACUGUGUCACCGCUUGUCUGAUGAGUUUACUGUGUCACUGCUGUCUGAUGAGUUUACGUGUCACUGCUGUCUGAUGAGUUUUACUGUGUCACUGCUGUCUGAUCUGUCACUGCUUGUCUGAUGAGUUUACUGUGUCACUGCUGUCUGAUGAGUUUACUGUGUCACUGCUGUCUGAUGGGUUUACUGUGUCACUGCUGUCUGAUGAGUUUACUGUGUCACUGCUGUCUGAUGAGUUUACUGUGUCACUGCUGUCUGAUGGGUUUACUGUGUCACUGCUGUCUGAUGAGUUUAACUGUGUCACUGCUGUCAAUGAGUUUACUGUGUCACUGGCUGUCUGAUCUGUGUCACUGCUGUCUGAUGAGUGUCACUGCUGUCUGAUGUCUGGAUUCUGUGUCACUGCUGUCUGAUGGGUUUACUGUGUCACUGCUGUCUGAUGAGGUUUACUGUGUCACUGCUGUCUGAUGGUUUGUGUCACUGCUGUCUGAUGGAGUUUACUGUGUCACUGCUGUCUGAUGGGUUUACUGUGUCACUGCUGUCUGAUGAGUUUACUGUGUCACUGCUGUCUGAUCUGUGUCACUGCUGUCUGAUGAGUUUACUGUUACAAGUCAUUGCUAUUUCCAUCAGCAUUUUAAUAUGUGACAUGCUACUGUGAUAUGUUACCUGUGGUCUCUUUAGGAACCUGCCCCCAGCCGUCUACAUAUUACUGUCAUAUACUGUUAUAGUACGAUAUUACUGUAAUAUAAUGUACUGUUUCACAGGAACCUGGUAUAUUACUGUAUAAAAUAUGUAUCUUAUCUCAGGAACCUGCCCCGGGCUAUCUACAGUAAUAAUAUCUAUCUCUAUAGGAACCUGCCCCGGGCUAUCUACAGUAAUAAUAUCUAUCUCUAUAGGAACCUGCCCCGGGCUAUCUACAGUAAUAAUAUCUAUCUCUAUAGGAACCUGCCCCGGGCUCAAUCUACCAAUCUAAUAGUAAUAUCUCAUCUCUAUAGGAACCUGCCCCGGGCUAUCUACAGUAAUAUACUCUACUCUCUAUAAGAACCUGCCCCGGGCUAACUACAGUAAUAAUAUCUAUCUCUAUAGGAACCUGCCCCGGGCUAUCUACAGUAAUAAUAUCUAUCUCUAUAGGAACCUGCCCCGGGCUAUCUACAGUAAUAAUAUCUAUCUCUAUAGGAACCUGCCCCGGGCUAUCUACAGUAAUAAUAUCUAUCUCUAUAGGAACCUGCCCCGGGCUAUCUACAGUAAUAAUAUCUAUCUCUAUAGGAACCUGCCCCGGGCUAUCUACAGUAAUAAUAUCUAUCUCUAUAGGAACCUGCCCCGGGCUAUCUACAGUAAUAUAUCUAUCUCUAUAGGAACCUGCCCCGGGCUAUCUUACAGUAUAAUAUUAGCUCUAUAGGAACCUGCCCCGGGCUAUCUACAGUAUAAUUCAUCUCUAUGGAACCUCCCCCGGGGCUAUCUACAGUAAAAAUUAAAUUUCUCUAAGGAACUCCCCGGGCUUCUACAGAAAUAAUUCCUCUAUGGGAACCUGCCCCGGGGCCCAAAACUACAGUAAUAAUUUUAAUCUUAUAAAACCUGCCCCGGGCAUCUACAGUAAAAUAUCUAUCUCAUAGGACCCUCCCCGGGCUAUCUACAUAAUAUAUCAUCCAAAGGGACCUGCCCGGGCUUCUACAGAAAAAAUACUUCUCUAUGGGAAACCCUUCCCCGGGCUAUCUACAGUAAUAAAUCUAUCUCUAUGGAAACCCCGCCCGGGCUAUCUCAGUAAAAUACUUCCUAUAGGAACCUCCCCCGGCUUCUACGUAAAAAUCACUCUAUGGGAACCUCCCCCGGGCUAUCACAAAUAAUUAUCUCUAUAGACCUGCCCCGGGCUAUCUACAGAAAUAAUAUCUAUUCAUAGGAACCUGGGUAUUUUACUACAGUAAUAUAUCGAUGCUCUAUAGGAAACCCUGCCCCAGGGCUAUCUACAGUAAUAUAAUCUAAUCUCUAUAGGCCACCUGCCCCGGGCUAUCUACAGUAAUAAUAUCUAUCUCUAUAGGAACCUGCCCCGGGCUAUCUACAGUAAUAAUAUCUAUCUCUAUAGGAACCUGCCCCGGGCUAUCUACAGUAAUAAUAUCUAUCUCUAUAGGAACCUGCCCCGGGCUAUCUAACAGUAUAAUAUCUAUCUCUAUAGGAACCUGCCCCGGGCUAUCUACAGUAAUAAUAUCUAUCUCUAUAGGAACCUGCCCCGGGCUAUCUACAGUAAUAAUAUCUAUCUCUAGAGAAACCUGCCCGGGCUAUCUACAGUAAUAACAUCUAUCUCUAUAGGAACCUGCCCCGGGCUAUCUACAGUAAUAAUAUCUAUCUCUAUAGGAACCUGCCCCGGGCUAUCUACAGUAUAAUAAUAUCUAUCUCUAUAGGAACCUGCCCCGGCUAUCUACAGUAAUAAUAUCUAUCUCUAUAGGAACCUGCCCCGGGCUAUCUACAGUAAUAAUAUAUAUCUCUAUAGGAACCUGCCCCGGGCUAUCUACAGUAAUAAUAUGCUAUCCUAUUAGGAACCGUGCCCCCGGGCUAUCUACAGUAAUAAUAUCUAUCUCUAUAGGAACCUGCCCCGGGCUAUCUACAGUAAUAAUAUCUAUCUCUAUAGGAACCUGCCCCGGGCUAUCUACAGUAAUAAUAUCUAUCUCUAUAGGAACCUGCCCCGGGCUAUCUACAGUAAUAAUAUCUAUCUCUAUAGGAACCUGCCCCGGCUAUCUACAGUAAUAAUAUAUUCUAUAGGACCUGCCCCGGGCUAUCUACAGUAAUAAUAUCUAUCUCUAUAGGAACCUGCCCCGGGCUAUCUACAGUAAUAAUAUCUAUCUCUAUAGGAACCUGCCCCGGCUAUCUACAGUAAUAUAUCUAUCUCUAUAGGACCUGCCCCGGGCUAUCUACAGUAAUAAUAUCUAUCUCUAUAGGAACCUACCCCGGCUAUCUACCGUAAUAUAUUAUCUCUAUAGGGAACCUGACCCCGGCUAUCUACAGUAAUAAUAUCUAUAUCUAUAGGAACCUGCCCCGGGCUAUCUACAGUAAUAUAUCUAUCUCUACAGGAACCUGCCCCCGGGCUAUCUACAGUAAUAAUAUAUAUCUCUAUAGGAACCUGCCCGGGCUAUCUACAGUAAUAAUAUCUAUCUCUAUAGGAACCUGCCCCGGGCUAUCUACAGUAAUAAUAUCUAUCUCUAUAGGAACCUGCCCCGGGCUAUCUACAGUAAUAACAUCUAUCUCUAUAGGAACCUGCCCCGGGCUAUCUACAGUAAUAAUAUCUAUCUCUAUAGGAACCUGCCCCGGGCUAUCUACAGUAAUAACAUCUAUCUCUAUAGGAACCUGCCCGGGCUAUCUACAGUAAUAAUAUCUAUCUCUAUAGGAACCUGCCCUGGGCUAUCUACAGUAAUAAUAUCUAUCUCUAUAGGAACCCUGCCCCGGGCUAUCUACAGUAAUAAUAUCUAUCUCUAUAGGAACCUGCCCCGGGCUAUCUACAGUAAUAAUAUCUAUCUCUAUAGGAACCUGCCCCGGGCUAUCUACAGUAAUAACAUCUAUCUCUAUAGGAACCUGCCCCGGGCUAUCUACAGUAAUAAUAUCUAUCUCUAUAGGAACCUGCCCCGGGCUAUCUACAGUAAUAAUAUCUAUCUCUGUAGGAACCUGCCCCGGGCUAUCUACAGUAAUAAUAUCUAUCUCUACAGGAACCUGCCCCGGGCUAUCUACAUAUCCAUUCCCCUGGUGACGUUAGUCUAUACUCUGACCAACAUCGCAUACUUCUCCUCCAUGACCCCCGAAGAGCUGCUGGCAUCCAACGCCGUGGCUGUGGUGAGAAUGCAUGCAUCUAUAACCCUAACCCUAACUAAUGCCGUGGCUGUGGUGAGAAUUAAUAAAUCUAUAAAUAAAAUAAAAUACAAUGUUAUUCGUCACGUGCUUCGUAAACAACAGGUGUAGACUAACAGUGAAAUGCUUACUGACGGGCCCUUCCCAACAAUGCAGAGAGGUACCAGUACUGAGUCAAUGAUAACAUGGCUUUAUACAGGGGGUACCAGUACUGAGUCAAUGAUAACAUGGUUAUAUACAGGGGGUACCAGUACUGAGUCAAUGAUAACAUGGUUAUAUACAGGGGGUACCAGUACUGAGUCAAUGAUAACAUGGUUAUAUACAGGGGGUACCAGUACUGAGUCAAUGAUAACAUGGUUUAUACAGGGGGUACCAGUACUGAGUCAAUGUGCAGGGAUACGAGGUAAUAACAUGGCUUUAUACAGGAGGUACCAGUACCGAGUCGAUGUGCAGGGGUACGAGGUGAUUUGAGGUAGAUAUGUACAUAUACAGUGGGGGAAAAAAGUAUUUAGUCAGCCACCAAUUGGUCAAGUUCUCCCACUUAAAAAGAUGAGAGAGGCCUGUAAUUUUCAUCAUAGGUACACGUCAACUAUGACAGACAAAUUGAGGAAAAAAAAUCCAGAAAAUCACAUUGUAGGAUUUUUAAUGAAUUUAUUUGCAAAUUAUGGUGGAAAAUAAGUAUUUGGUCACCUACAAACAAGCAAGAUUUCUGGCUCUCACAGACCUGUAACUUCUUCUUUAAGAGGCUCCUCUGUCCUCCACUCGUUAUUCUGUAUUAAUGGCACCUGUUUGAACUUGUUAUCAGUAUAAAAGACACCUGUCCACAACCUCAAACAGUCACACUCCAAACUCCACUAUGGCCAAGACCAAAGAGCUGUCAAAGGACACCAGAAACAAAAUUGUAGACCUGCACCAGGCUGGGAAGACUGAAUCUGCAAUAGGUAAGCAGCUUGGUUUGAAGAAAUCAACUGUGGGAGCAAUUAUUAGGAAAUGGAAGACAUACAAGACCACUGAUAAUCUCCCUCGAUCUGGGGCUCCACGCAAGAUCUCACCCCGUGGGGUCAAAAUGAUCACAAGAACGGUGAGCAAAAAUCCCAGAACCACACGGGGGGACCUAGUGAAUGACCUGCAGAGAGCUGGGACCAAAGUAACAAAGCCUACCAUCAGUAACACACUACGCCGCCAGGGACUCAAAUCCUGCAGUACCAGACGUGUCCCCCUGCUUAAGCCAGUACAUGUCCAGGCCCGUCUGAAGUUUGCUAGAGUGCAUUUGGAUGAUCCAGAAGAGGAUUGGGAGAAUGUCAUAUGGUCAGAUGAAACCAAAAUAUAACUUUUUGGUAAAAACUCAACUCGUCGUGUUUGGAGGACAAAGAAUGCUGAGUUGCAUCCAAAGAACACCAUACCUACUGUGAAAGCAUGGGGGUGGAAACAUCAUGCUUUGGGGCUGUUUUUCUGCAAAGGGACCAGGACGACUGAUCCGUGUAAAGGAAAGAAUGAAUGGGGCCAUGUAUCGUAAGAUUUUGAGUGAAAACCUCCUUCCAUCAGCAAGGGCAUUGAAGAUGAAACGUGGCUGGGUCUUUCAGCAUGACAAUGAUCCCAAACACACCGCCCGGGCAACGAAGGAGUGGCUUCGUAAGAAGCAUUUCAAGGUCCUGGAGUGGCCUAGCCAGUCUCCAGAUCGCAACCCCAUAGAAAAUCUUUGGAGGGAGUUGAAAGUCUGUGUUGCCCAGCGACAGCCCCAAAACAUCACUGCUCUAGAGGAGAUCUGCAUGGAGGAAUGGGCCAAAAUACCAGCAACAGUGUGUGAGACUUACAGAAAACGUUUGACCUGUGUCAUUGCCAACAAAGGGUAGAUAACAAAGUAUUGAGAAACUUUUGUUAUUGACCAAAUACUUAUUUUCCACCAUAAUUUGCAAAUAAAUUCAUUAAAUAUCUCAUUUUGUCUGUCAUAGUUGACGUGUACCUAUGAUGAAAAGUACAGGCCUCUCUCAUCUUUUUAAGUGGGAGAACUUGCACAAUUGGUGGCUGACUAAAUACUUUUUUCCCCCACUGUAUCUGUUCUUAGUUCUGAAUUUUUUUAAUGGGGCAUGCUUAUUUAAGAUUGAGAGGAAAGCACUUUUAAAGAACAACCAGGCAUCCUCUACUGAUGGAAUGAGGUCAAUAUCCAUCAAGGAUACCCGGGCCAGGUCAAUUAGAAAGGCCUGCUCGCUAAAGUGUUUUAGGGAGCGUUUGACAGGGAUGAGGGGUGGUCGUUUGAUCGCGGACCCAUUACGGACGCAGGCAAUAAGGCAGUGAUCGCUGAGAUCCUGGUUGAAGACAGCGGAGGUGUAUUUAGAGGGUAAAUUUGUCAGGAUGAUAUCUAUGAGGGUGCCCAUGUUUACAGAUUUAGGGUUGUACCUGGUAGGUUCGUUGAUAAUUUGUGUGAGAUUGAGGGCAUCUAGUUUGGAUUGUAGGAUGGCCGGGGUGUUAAGCAUAUCCCAGUUUAGGUCACCAAGCAGUACGAACUCUGAGGAUAGAUGGGGGGCAAUCAGUUCACAUAUGGUGUCCAGGGCACAGCUCAGGCCUGAGGGGGUCUGUAGCAAGCGGCAACAGCGAGAUACUUAUUUCUGGAAAGGUGGAUUUUAGAAGUAGAAGCUCAAACUGUUUGGGCACAGACCUGGGUAGAUUGCAACCCCCACCGCCUUUGGCAGUUCUAUCUAGAUGGAAAAUGUUGUAGUUGGAGAUGGACAUUUCUGAAUUUUUGGUGGCCUUCCUAAGCCAGGAUUCAGACACUGCUAGAACAUAAGGGUUGGCGGAGUGUGCAGUGAAUAACUCUAACUUAGGGAGGAGGCUUUGGAUGUUUUCGUGCAAGAAACCAAGGCUUUUACGAUUACAGAAGUCAACAAAUGAUAACGCCUGGGGAGUAGGAGUGAUACGGGGGGCUACAGGCCCUGGGUUAACCUCUACAUCACCAGAGGAACAGAGGAGGAGUAGAAUAAGGAUAUGGCUAAAGGCUUUAAGUACUGGUCUUCUAGUGCGUUGGGUACAGAGAAUAAAAGGGGCAGGUUUCCCGGGCGUUGUAGAAUAGAUUCAGGGCAUUAUGUACAGAAAAGGAUAUGGAAGGAUAUGAGUACAGUGGAGGUAAACCUAAGCGUUUGGUAACGAUGAAAGAGAUAGCAUCACUGGAGGCACCAAUUGAGUCGGUCUCCGCGUGUAUGGGGGUUGGGAUAAAGGAGCUAUCUAAGGCAGGUUUAGCUGGGCUGGGGGAUCUACAGUGAAAUAGUACAAUAAGAAAUAACCGAAACAGCAAUAAGCAAGGCAUAUUGACAUGGGAGAGAGGCAUAAAGCAAUCACAGGUGUAAUUCGAGAGAGCUAAGACAACAGCUGGUAAUGUCGGGCUGAGGCUAAACAUAAACAGGAUGCGGUACCGUAAAAAGGAACAGUCCAGCAGGCAUCAGCUGUAUAGCUGAGUUAUCAUAAGGUCCGGUGAACAGCAAUAGGAUAGUUCGGAGGUAGUUCGGGGGCUGCUACAGCACUGGCGAGCAAGAGGCCACGGCUAGCGUGUGCUAGCGGGCCGGGGCUAGCAGAUGGAUCUUCGUGGUCGACGUUGUAACGGGAAGCCUGUUGUAACCACAUCAGACGAUUUCGUCGGCAGACCAGUCGUGUUGGAUCGGCGGGGCUCCGUGUCAACACUAGGAGGUCCCGUCCGGUUGACAGAGAGGUAGAUAGCCGGGAGAUGGACCUGGCUCAAGGCUAACUCAGGGCUGAUUAGCCAACCACAAAACGUCAAUUUGGUUGCAGCUAGCUAGUAGAGAUGAAUACGGUGUUAAAGGUUCAGUGAUUCCGGCAGAAAACCCUGAUAUGUUCAGGGUCGAUAACGCGCUGUGCAGACAGUGCAGACUGGCCGAAUAAUAGUCCAGGCUAGAGCUGACUGGCUGGUAUGUAGUGCAGGCCACGGCCACGGACAAUGGUGAAGACCGCUAACGGUGGCUAAUAGCAAGUAGCUAGUUAGCUGGCUAGUGAUGAUCCGGUGUUAAGGUCCAGUGAUUCAGUGGUUCCGGCAGAAAAUCCGAUAUGCUCUGGCUCGAUAGCGCGAUGUGCACACUGGCCGACAAUUGUCCAGGCUAGAGCUGGCUGGUAGGUAGUGCAGGCCACGGCCACGGACAAUGGUGAAGACCGCUAACAGUGGCUAAUAGCAAGUAGCUAGUUAGCUGGCUAGCUGGCUAGUUUCAGCCAGAGGUUCCACAUUGGCGGGUUGCAGGAAAGUAUAUUUAGUUAAAGGAUGGAAAGUGAAAUUGAGAAAUAUAUACGAAAAAGACGAAAAAAAACAAAAAAACUGGCUAUUUACAUAAGGACACUACAUAAAACACGACUGCACUGCUAUGCCAUCUUGGAUUAUGGGUAAUGCCUACCCUUACCACCUGGGGGCGGCCCGUCAGGAAGUCCAGGAUCCAGUUGCAGAGGGAGGUGUUUAGUCCCAGGGUCCUUAGCUUAGUGAUGAGCGUUGUGGGCACUAUGGUGUUGAACGCAUACUUGUUAUGUUUUGUGUAUUUUGUGGACCACAGGAAGAGUAGCUGCUGAUUCUCCAAAAGCUUAUGGGGAUCCUAAUAAACAAAUAAAUGUGGUUAUGUGAUUUUGUUUCUUUAACAGUUAGCUAUCUGUGGUUGUUUUUUUUGUUUUUUUUUAAAGGUUGUUUAAUGAUUGUUUAAUGGUUUUCUACACCUGCCCCUCUGUCACCCAGACAUUUGGUGAGAAGUUGCUGGGUGUGUUCUCCUGGGUGAUGCCUAUCUCCGUGGCUCUGUCUACAUUCGGAGGAAUCAACGGCUAUCUCUUCACUUCUUCCAGGUACUAAGAGUCUCAAACCUGUCCUCAGGGACCCCCCCCAGACCCCCCCAGACCCCCCCCCAGACCCCCCCCCCCCCCCAGACUUCCCUCCCCCUCCCCCCCCCCCCAGACCUUUCAUGUUACAGUCCAGUACCAGCAGACCUGAUUCACCUGAUCAAGGGCUUGAUGAUUAGUUGAAAUCAAGUUCAAUCAAGUGCUCUAGUUCUGGAAAUAGAUGAAAUACAUGGAGCGGCUGGGGAGGUUUAAGCAUCACAGAGACACUGUAACCCCAAAGCAAUAUUCAGGACAAUUAAUUCAUACAGUAUCUGUGGUGUAGCCAUGCAGGAAUCCAACCCACAACCCUGGUGUUGCUAGCAUCAUGCUCCAACCAACUGCUCACACACCUAAACACCUGAACUAUUCUCCUUUUCUCCACAGGUUGUGUUUCUCUGGAGCCAGAGAGGGUCACCUGCCCCACCUGUUGGCCAUGAUCCACCUGAAAAACUGCACCCCUAUUCCAGCCCUGCUCGUCUGUGUAAGUUACUGUUCCCUGGUGCACCCCUAUUCCAGCCCUGCAUUAGUCUGUGUCAGUUACUGUUCCCUGGUGCUCCUCAUUCUGGCCUGCAUUAGUCUGUGUCGGUUACUGUUCCCUGGUGCACCCCUAUUCCAGCCCUGCAUUAGUCUGUGUCAUUACUGUUCCCUGGCGCUCCUCAUUCUGGCCUGCAUUAGUCUGUGUCAGUUACUGUUCCCUGGUGCUCCUCAUUCUUUCCUCAUUAGUCUUGUCAGUUCUGUUCCCCGGUGCUCCUAUUCUGGCCUGCUUGUCUGUGUCAGUUACGUUCCUGGUGCCCUCUUCUGGGCCCGCAUUAGUCGGUCGUUUCGUUCCCUGGUGCUCCCCAUUUUGACCUGCAUUAUCUGUGUCGGUUACUGUUUCCCUGGCACCCCUAUUCCGCCCCGUACGUGUAAUUACGUUUUCCCGGUGCACCCCUAUUCCACCCGCAUUAGUCUGUGUUAUUUUCUGUUCCCUGGGGUCCUCUUCCACCCCGCAUUAGUCCGUGUCGUUACGUUUCCCCGGUGUCCUCAUUCCAGCCCUGUAUUAGUCUUGUCAGUUACUGUUCGCUGGUGCUCCCAUUCCGCCCUUAUUAGCGUGUCCGUUACUGUUUUCCCCGGUGCCCUCAUUCUGGCCCGCUUAGUUGUGUAGUUCGUUCCCUGGGGCUCCUCAUUCGGCCGCAUUAGUCUGUGCAUUUCUGUUCCCGGUGCUCCUCAUUCGGCCUCAUUAGUCUGUGUCAGUUCUGUUCCCGGUGCACCCUAUUUCCACCCUGCAUUAUUUUGUCGUUAGUUCCCCCGGUGCUCCUCUUCUGGCCUGUAAUUUUUGUGUCGGUUACUGUUCCCUGGUGCACCCCCUUUCCAGCCCGUAUUGUCGUGUCGGUUUUGUUCCCUGGGCCCCCAUUCCAGCCCUGCAUUUCUGGUCGGUUACUGUUUUCCCCGGGGCCCCCUAUUUCCCCCCUGAUUAGUCUUUUGUGGUUCUGUUCCCCGGGGCCCCCAUUUCCAGCCCUCUUAGUCUUGGGGCAGUUUCUGUUUUCCCUGGGCACCCCUUUCCCCCCUGCAUUGUCUGUGUCGGUUUUCUGUUUUCCCUGGUGCACCCCUAUUCCAGCCCUGCAUAUCUGUGUCAGUUUUCUGUUCCCCGGUGCCACCCCCAUUCCCCCCCCUGCUUGUCUGUGUAAAUUAUGUUUCCCCUUUCUCCUCAUUCUUCCCCGCAUUGUCUUGGGCAUUACUGUUCCCGGGCACCCCUUUCCCCCCCUGAAUUUGUUGUGUCGGGGACUGUUCCCUGGUGCUCCUCAUUCUGGCCUGCUUAGUCUGGUCUUAUGUUUCCCGGUGCACCCCCAUUCCAGCCCUGCAUUAGUCGUGUCAUUUUCCCGUUCCCCGGGGCCCCCAUUCCAGCCCCCAUUAGUUUGUGGUUACUGUUCCCCGGUGCCCUCAUUCUGGCCGUAUUAGUCUGUGUCAUUCUGUUUCCCCGGGCACCCCAUUUCCACCCCGCAUUAGUCUGGUCGGUUUUUCUGUUCCCGGUGCUCCCCUUUGCCUGUAUUUCUGGUUUGGGUUUCUGUUCCCUGGUGCACCCUAUUCCAGCCCUGUAUAGUCGUUGGGUUACUGUUCCUGGUGCUCCCCCCCUUUUUCCCGCCUGCAUUAGUCUUUCGUUAUGUUCCCGGUGCCCCCUAUUAGCCCUGUUUUGUCGUGUCGGUUACUGUUCCCUGGUGCCCCCCUAUUCCAGCCCUUCUUUCCCUUGCCUUUUUGUUCCCUGGUGCACCCUUUCCAGCCCGCAUUGUCUGUGGGCGGGUUUCUGUUCCCUGGUGCACCCCCCUUUCCCGCCCGCAUUGUCGGUCGUUUUUCUGUUCCCUGGGGCCCCCUUUUCCACCCGCAUUAGUCCCGGUAUUACUUUUUCCCCUGGUGCCCUCAUUCUGGGCCCGCAUUAUCGUGUCAGUUUUCUGUUCCCUGGGGCCCCCUAUUUCCCCCCUGCUUAGUCUGUUCGGUUACUGUUCCCUGGGGCCCCCAUUCCGCCCUGCAUUUGCUUGUAAGUUACGUUUUCCCGGUGCCCUAUUCGGCCCGCUUAUCUGUGUCAGUUUCUGUUCCCCGGUGCUCCUCAUUUUCUGGCCUGCAUUUGUCUGUGCGUUAUGUUCCCUGGGGCUCCUCAUUCUGGGUGUUAUUGUGUCAGUUACUGUUCCCUGGUGCACCCCUAUUCCCAGCCCUGCAUUAGUCUGUGUCAGUUACUGUUCCCUGGUGCUCCUCAUUCUGGCCUGCAUUAGUCUGUGUCAGUUACUGUUCCCUGGUGCUCCUCAUUCUGACCUGUAUUAGUCUGUGUCAGUUACUGUUCCCUGGUGCACCCCUAUUCCAGCCCUGCAUUAGUCUGUGUCAGUUACUGUUCCCUGGUGCUCCUCAUUCUGGCCUGCAUUAGUCUGUGUCAGUUACUGUUCCCUGGUGCACCCCUAUUCCAGCCCUGCAUUAGUCUGUGUCAGUUACUGUUCCCUGGUGCUCCUCAUUCUGGCCUGGCCAUAGUCUGUGUCGGUUACUGUUCCCUGGUGCACCCCUAUUCCAGCCCUGUAUUAGUCUGUGUCAGUUACUGUUCCCUGGUGCUCCUCAUUCUGGCCUGCAUUAGUCUGUGUCGGUUACUGUUCCCUGGUGCUCCUCAUUCUGGCCUGCAUUAGUCUGUGUCGGUUACUGUUCCCUGGUGCUCCUCAUUCUGGCCUGCAUUAGUCUGUGUCGGUUACUGUUCCCUGGUGCUCCUCAUUCUGACCUGCAUUAGUCUGUGUCGGUUACUGUUCCCUGGUGCUCCUCAUUCUGGCCUGCAUUAGUCUGUGUCGGUUACUGUUCCCUGGUGCACCCCUAUUCCAGCCCUGCAUUAGUCUGUGUCGGUUACUGUUCCCUGGUGCUCCUCAUUCCAGCCCUGCAUUAGUCUGUGUCAGUUACUGUUCCCUGGUGCUCCUCAUUCUGGCCUUCAUUAGUCUGUGUCAGUUACUGUUCCCUGGUGCCUCCUCAUUCUGCCCUGCAUUAGUCUGUGUCAGUUACUGUUCCCUGGUGCUCCUCAUUCUGCCCUGCAUUAGUCUGUGUCAGUUACUGUUCCCUGGUGCUCCUCAUUCUGGCCUGCAUUAGUCUGUGUCAGUUACUGUUCCCUGGUGCUCCUCAUUCUGCCCUGCAUUAGUCUGUGUCAGUUACUGUUCCCUGGUGCUCCUCAUUCUGACCUGCAGUUCCUCCAGCCCCAAACCCCAGGGCUGUGCUAUAUGGCUUUAGUGUAUAAUGUUAUAGUACGUUACAUCCAUGUACAGUAUAUGACAGUUUAUUGUGCACUAAUUGACCUCUGCUUCCCUCCUCCUCCACAGUGUGGCGCCACCAUAUUGAUCCUGUGUAUUGGAGAGACUCACAACCUGAUCAACUAUGUCUCCUUCAUUAACUUCCUGUCCUACGGAGUGACCAUCGCCGGCCUGCUGUACUAUCGCUGGAAGAGACCCAACCUGCUACGACCCAUCAAGGUAGAGCAGACCUAUAUCUGGUGCUAAUAUAUCUGGGAACUAUUCACUAGUGCACACCUUAGCAAACCGUAGCAAAUGAACUGUUAUUAUAUUACUGAGUGGGGGAAACCAGGAAAUGAACUGUUAUUAUAUUACUGAGUGGGGAAACCAGGAAAUGAACUGUCAUUCUAUUACUGAGUGGGGGAAACCAGGAAAUGAACUGUUAUUAUAUUACUGAGUGGGGGAAACCAGGAAAUGAACUGUUAUUCUAUUACUGAGUGGGGGAAACCAGGAAAUGAACUGUUAUUAUAUUACUGAGUGGGGAACCAGGAAAUGAACUGUCAUUCUAUUACUGAGUGGGGAAACCAGGAAAUGAACUGUCAUUAUAUUACUGAGUGGGGGAAACCAGGAAAUGAACUGUCAUUCUAUUACUGAGUGGGAAACCAGGAAAUGAACUGUCAUUCUAUUACUGAGUGGGAAACCAGGAAAUGAACUGUCAUUCUAUUACUGAGUGGGGAAACCAGGAAAUGAACUGUCAUUCUAUUACUGAGUGGGGGAAACCAGGAAAUGAACUGUCAUUCUAUUACUGAGUGGGAAACCAGGAAAUGAACUGUCAUUCUAUUACUGAGUGGGGAACCAGGAAAUGAACUGUCAUUCUAUUACUGAGUGGGGGAAACCAGGAAAUGAACUGUCAUUCUAUUACUGAGUGGGGAACCAGGAAAUGAACUGUCAUUCUAUUACUGAGUGGGGAAACCAGGAAAUGAACUGUCAUUCUAUUACUGAGUGGGGGAAACCAGGAAAUGAACUGUCAUUCUAUUACUGAGUGGGGAAACCAGGAAAUGAACUGUCAUUCUAUUACUGAGUGGGGGAAACCAGGAAAUUGAACUGGUCCAUUCUAUUACUGAGUGGGGAAACGCAGGAAAUGAACGGUCAUUCUAUUUACUGAGUGGGGAACCAGGAACUGAAACUGUCAUUCUAUUAACUGAGUUGGGGAAACCAGGAAAUGAACUGUCAUUCUAUUACUGAGUGGGGAAACCAGGAAAUGAACUGUCAUUCUAUUACUGAGGUGGGGAAAGGAAAUGAACUGUCAUCUAUUACUGAGUGGGGGAAAACGCUAAUGGAACUGUCAUUCUUACUGACUGAGUGGGAACCAGGAAAUGAACGGUCCAUUCUAUUACUGAGUGGGGGAACCAGGAAAUGAACUGUGGUCAUUCUUACUGAGGGUGGGGGAAGACCAGGAAUGAACUGGUCAUUCCUAUUACUGGAGUGGGUGAACCAGGAAUGAACUGUCAUUCUAUUAUCUCUAUUACGGAGUGGGGGAACCAGGAAUGAACUGUCAUUCUAUUACUGAGUGGGGAACCAGGAAAUGAACUGUCAUUCUAUUACUGAGUGGGAAACCAGGAAAUGAACUGUCAUUCUAUUACUGAGUGGGGAACCAGGAAAUGAACUGUCAUUCUAUUACUGAGUGGGAAACCAGGAAAACUGUCAUUCUAUUAUGAGUGGGAAACCGGACGUUGUCUAUGACGGAUGGGCCCAACCAUGUUCCUGGAAGCUACGUCCUGUAGGUUUUUGCUCCAACCUAAUCUGCACCAUUCAAUAAUUAGCAGGUGGAAAGAUGAAUCAGGUUAGUACACUGGAGGUUGGAGCGAAAACCUACAGGAGGGCUGCUCUACCAGGAACAGGUUGGGCAGGACGCCUGUGCUCUGGGAUACAAUACCAGUUUGUAUUUUCUCCCCCGUACUCUAGCACAGCCUACUCUCAUAAUAGCAUGUAACUACUCAGUAUAACACCUGGUUGGAGUCAAAACCUACAGAGUGCUCCCACAGUUCCCCUGUGCCGGUAUCAAUUCAUCUGUCUCUCCCGUCCCCCUCUCCCCCCCUCCCCUCCCCCGUCCUCCCCGGCCCUCCCGUCCCCCCUCCCUCUCCCCCAUCCCCUCCCCCGCCUCCCUGGGCCCUCCCGUCCCCCUCCCUCUCCCCUCCCCUCUCCCCUCCCCCCGGCCCUCCCCGUCCCCCUCCCUCUCCCCUCCCCCGUCCUCCCCGGACCUCCCCCUUAUCCUAUCUGUACAUAUAUAUUUUAAAACUCAAUCAAUCUUCCCCCCUCCCCUCCUCCUCUCCCCAGGUGAGUGUGUUGGUCCCUAUCAGUUACCUGGUGUUCUGGGCGGUGGUGCUGGGGUUCAAUCAGUACUCGGAGCAUCAGUUCUAACUCUGUGUCCCUCCCUUCCCCCCUCCUCUUCUCCCCCCUCUCCCCCCCCCUCCCUCGUAUCCAUCCUCUCCCCCUCCUCCUCUUCCCCACAGGUGAUGUGUUGGUCCCUAUCAGUUACCUGGUGUUCUGGGCGGUGCUGCUGGGGUUCAGUCUGUACUCGGAGCCCGUGGUGUGUGGCAUGGGGAUCGUCAUCAUGCUCACCGGGGUACCCGUCUACUUCGUUGGGGUGCACUGGAAGAAGAAGCCCAGAUGUGUCUACAGGGUCGUGGGUGAGUGACUCGUACAGUCCUUGUAUUACAUUUAGGUCAUUUACCCAGACGCUCUUACUCAGAGCAACUUACAGUCAGUGCAUUCAACUAAGGUGGGUGAGACAACCACACAUGCUGCCAUCUCUGUAUUGACGCUGAUGAGACAGUCAGUGUCUGUGCUGUCUAUGUCUCUGACCCCCGCUGCCUGUCUGUUGUGUUCCAGAGUAUGUGACCUACGUGGGUCAGAAGCUGUGUUUCGUGGUGUUCCCCCAAGAAGACCUGUCAGAGAUCACCCCCCUCACAGCCUACGAUAAACACAACGACUGA